UCCACGGAAUUGGUGUUGUAUGCACAAAUGCGUUUGCAUACAUAUCCACAUCCGGAGUUGAGUAUUUCUGAGUAUGCACUUCCGAGAAUGCACUUCCGAGAAUGCACUUCCGGGCCGAGACGAACGAAGCGAAGAGCGUCUUUCGCACCAUUUUCUGCUUCUUCUCCUGCUUCUUCUUCUGUUCUGCUCUUUUCCACCAUUCCCAGCCAUAUUUCUGCUCGUCCAGCAGCUCUUUGAGGUGUUGCUGUUUUCUAGGUCCAGGUUCUCUUUCCACGGUUGCUCUGAGCUUCAAAAUGGCCACUCAAACGAAUAGUCUCCUAAACGCUGACACAACCAACAACUUGACGCUAUCUUCACUUGAUAACCACCUCAACUCGCUCAGUAAUUCCAUCUCCAACGACAAUCUCAAAGACGUUCGAGCUGAUAAUGCUCUAGUUCCAUGCUCAACUUUUACCGAAGAGAAUAUUCCCAACGAGAAUAAGGAUAAUGCUCUGAUCAAUAGGCAAAUGAAUCUUAAUCUUAAUCUUAAUCUCAAUACAAUCUCAAAUUCUGUCUCAAAUUCAACCAUCCCAAUUACUCCUCCAACAACUGUUUCAACAACCCCAGUUCAAUCCAACGCCAACACUGUUUUAAAGGAUAGCAAUAUCAACAAUAAACUAAUCAAUAUCAAUACCCUAAUCAAUAUCAAUACCCUAAUCAAUAGCAACAGCACACCAAAUACUGAAGCUACUGAAAACACUCCAAAUACCCAAUUUUCUCUAGAUAAUAACAACUAUAUCGAAAAAAUUCCUGUCAACUCUAAAAAUAAUCUCCCAGCUGAGUUAGAAAAAAAAGAUUUUUUUCAGAAUUUGCCUUACAAUCAUUUGAUCAAAUCCAUAUCAAAUCCUAAUCCAAAUACUACAUCAUAUAACAAUAGCCAUAUAAGAAUUAUUAAUAAUACUAAAAAUACCAAUACCAAUAAUCUUAAAACAAAUUCUAGUAUAAAAAUUAAUAUUGAUAAUAAGACAUCAAAUUCAAAUUCAAAUUCAAAUUCAAAGAAAAACCUCAGAUUACAUAAAAGGGCUUCAUCAAUCUCUGUCUCUUCUUUUAGAAAAUCAAAAAUAAAUAAUACAAUCAAUAAUUUUAACAACAUGACUAAUAAUACUAUUAAUAUUACUAAUCAUAUCAAUACUACCACUGCUAUCAAUAAUCUUAAUGAUACUGGUAUUAAUAGUACAAAUAAUCCUAAACUAAAGUCCAAACAAUCAUCCUUAUUUAAUAACUUGCCAAAAGUGAAUUCAAACUCAAAAAAUUAUUCAACGCCAAUUAAAUCUUUCAAAAAUUUUUUUACUAAAAUUUUUAUAAAUAUAUCUGAUUUUAAUAAUAAAUUAAAAUCUCUAGCUGAUCAGGUCUUGAGUUCCGAUGAAAUUGUUGAAGAAUUAUUUUUAAAUUCCGAUGACGAUAAUUCCACUUUUUUAAACACUUUAAAUUUAUCAAAAAAUAGUAAUUUCUUAAUCAAUGAAAACUCUUUAAACGAUAACAAUAAUAACAGCAAUAACAAUAUUAAUCAGAAAUAUCUAACUAAUAUCCAAAAAUUUCAUCAAUUAGAUGUCGUGAAAUUGGCUCAAGAUCAAAUAAAAAACAAUCCCGAUAAACCAUUUGUCGAUGGUGAAACUUUAUGGAAUUUAAGAAGAGAAUUAUGGUUAAAAUCAACUGCUCCUAUUUAUAAAUCUGAAAAUUUAAAUAAAAUCCUUAGUAAUACUAAUAGUAAUAUUACUGAUAGUUCUACAAAGACUAAUAGUAUUAAAACUUCUAAUACUAAUACCAAUACCAAUACUAAUACCAAUACCAAUACUAUUACCAAUACUAAUACCAAUACUAAGGAUAAGAAUAAGAAUAAGGGUAAUGACAAUGAUAAUGAUAAUGAUAAAGACACCGACACUGAUUCAGAUACAGAUAAUAAAAAAGGUAAUAACGAUACUGAUGAUGAAAUUAAUUUAGAAUUAAGUGAAUCUGAUAUAAAACUCAUAUUAAGAAAAAGAUAUCAUGAUACAAGCCUUUCAUCAUUAAAUAUUCCAAAGGAAAAAUACGAAGUAAUUUAUGAAAAUCUAUUUAUUCAAAACAAAACCUUAAAAAGACCAAUAAAUUUAAAGGAUUUAAUGCCUAUUAUUAAUGUUGGUUGGCAAAUUCAUAAUGUUAAUAAUAUAAAUAAUAAUUUGCCCUCUGCUUAUAGAGGCCCUAAUAUUAAUUAUAAUAGAAGUUAUAAAUAUUAAUUAAUAAUUAUUAAAAAUUGAAAUAUUCAUAUAUGGUAAUGUUGAUAUCUUGUUAGUUUAUUUUUUUUUUUAUUUAUGAAUCUUUUCCCCUUUGAAUUUUUACCUUUUUUAUUUUUUUUAAUUUUUAAUUCACCAUUUUUGUUUUUUUCUUUUUGUUUAUUCAAUUUUUUUUAUUCAUUCGUUGUUUUU